AUGGCCUUUAUUGCAGGUGUAUCAUUUGUUUUGGCAAUUUGCAUAUCGCUUCACCUAUUUGCUACCAAGGCGAAAUUUAGCAUCGCGCGAUGGAAGGCCAAGUGGCACCAUGGCUGUCAAGAUCCCCCCUCUUAUCCACACAAAGAUCUACACGGAAAAGAUUUGGGGGACCUGAGUACAGAGGCAUACAAAGAAAGGCGAUUCCUCGAUUUUAAUACAGAGCUUUUCCAGACUUACGGGCCAACCUUCAGGACUAUUACUGGUGGAAAGGUCUGGAUCAAGACUAAGGAUCCGAGAUUAUCGAAGGCAAUAUAUUCCACCUUUUUCAACAACUUCGGCUUGGCACCAAUUCGUUAUGAGGUGGAUGGAUUCUUCGGAGAUGGUAUACUUGUUACCGAUGGAGAUCAUUGGAAACAAAGCCGUGCACUAAUUCGGCCUGCUUUUGAGAUUGCUCAUAUCGCGAAUUUUGAACGACUUCACCGGCACGUAAAAAGGUUUAUGGAGCUUAUUCCGGAUGAUGGCAGCACUAUAGAUUUAUUACCUAUUUUCAAACGUCUGACUCUCGACCUUUCUACAGAGUUCAUAUUUGGCAAAUCAAUGAAUGCACUCUCUACUCCCAACGCAUCUAGUAAAUUUCUUAAGGCGUUUUCAACAGCUCAAAGCGGGGUUGUCAUGAAUCCAGCUACUCGUGAUAAGGAUUGGAAAGCCUCGUGCGAGCUUGUGCACAAUUAUGUCGAUGCCCGAGUCGAAGAAGCCAUCAGUCGUGUCUAUUCUUGUGACAAGGGUCUGAAAGAAGAGUCAAGAUAUCUUCGGUUGAGUGAUGAGCUUGCAAAGACAACGAAAGACAGGAAAGUGCUUCGGUACCAAGUCCUCAGUGUCUUCAGCCCGGCACAUGAUUCGGUUGCGGUAACACUUGGAAAUCUCUUCUUCCAUCUGGCACGCAAUCAAUCUGCGUGGGAGGAGUUGCGCAAGGAGAUCUUGCCUACCAAGUCUCAAGAAUUAACCUACAAGCUGCUUACAUCCUAUAAAUAUCUAAACUGGGCAUUGCGAGAAACUCAUCGGCUCACACCAAUUGCCCAGGCAAGUCAGCGAGAAUGCAUUCAAACGUGUAUUCUUCCUAUAGGAGGUGGCAUCGAUGGGCAACGCCCUUUGCUGGUAGAAAAAGGAACCGUCAUCGAAACGAACUUCCGUGCUAUGCAGCGCGAUGAGGAGGUUUUUGGGAAAGACGCAGAGAAUUUUCGUCCCGAUAGAUGGAGAUUUAUUCGGCCAAGCUGGGAAUUCACGCCAUUCUCGGGAGGCCCGCGGAUUUGCCCCGCCCUUAGACUAGUUUACAUUGAGUCUCAGUAUAUUGCAGCCAGUCUGAUCAGGAGAUUUUCGGCGGUAGAGCUUCGGGAUCCAGAGUUGCGUUGGGUUGAAGACAGGCGAUUGAUCUAUCAGAGUAGGAAUGGCACGUUGGGCAGCACUUCUAUUAACACAACAUUCUCCAUCUUGAACAAGCUCAAUGGAGACAAGCAGCUUUCUCGACAACUUCACUCCUCCCAUUGA